AAUUUUUGAAAAGCCUUAGUGAUUAAUGUCAGCUCUCUGUAUUUUCAGAAGUGAAAUGAUGAAGUUCAUUUAAACAGUCUGCAAUUUUUUGUAUUUUUAUGAGCACUGAGCAUUCAAGUUAAUAAACUUUUUAAACUGUAUGCCCGCAACCGGUUGACUAUUUGUACAGCAUACUGUAUUUCUUUGAGAUAAGUUUCUUGACAUUAUUCUUUAUUUAAAUAUUAAUAAGUUUAGUUUUGGUUUCAAAUAUUAGUCAUUCAAAAUCAGUCUCUAAUUUUGAACAUUCAUUAAAAUGAUUCGAUAUUUUUCAAAGCCCAAACUUAUGUCACAAAUGUUGUGUUUCCCGGAAUCCAUUCCAAAGGAGAAAGCAGCGUUAUCUUCUUGUAAAAGUUUGAAACUAAUGCUUACUAAAGGAUUAAUCAAACAUGUUAGCCCGGGAACAUUUGUUCUCAUGCCUUUAGUUGUGCAAUCUGUUGAGAAACUAUGUUGUUUAAUAGAUUCAUUGAUGGCUAAAGCUGAUGGGCAGAAGGUGUUAUUUCCUUCUCUUAUUCCGAAAAAGUUAAUGAAAAUAUCUGGCAGAUGGAAUACUAUUGACUCAUUGUUUAAACUCACUGAUAGAUCAUCGAUUGAACAUUGUUUAGGGCCAACUCAUGAAGAAAUAGCCCAUCAUUUAUUAUCAAAAUAUUGUAUGUCCUAUAAAUCACUACCAUUAAAACUCUAUCAAAUUUCCUCAAAAUUCAGAGAUGAGAUGAACCCAAAAUUGGGUCUCUUAAGGGGGAGAGAAUUUUUAAUGAAGGACAUGUAUGCAUUUGAUUCGUCGGAAGAAACUUCGCAGUGCACUUAUGAACAAAUGUGUAAAUUGUAUAAUGAACUACUCAGUGAACAUUUAAACAUUGAACCUAUCAAAGUUCAAGCAUCUAGUGGGGACAUAGGAGGGAAAAAGUCACACGAGUUUCAUUUUAAGUCUGAAAUCGGUGAGGAUGAAAUUUUAUUUUGCCCCUCUUGCAAAACUGGAAUAAAUGUCGAAAUUGUGACUGAUAUUGGAGAUGGGAAGUGCAGCGAUUGUGAUAUGCCAUUGCAAAAGUGCAAUGCUCUUGAAGUUGGGCAUGCAUUUAUGUUGGGCACAACUUAUUCUGAACCUUUUCAAGUUAAGUUUGAUUCAUCUGAAAACCAAUCAGUUAAUUGUUUUGCCAGUUGCUAUGGACUCGGGGUUACUAGGAUACUCACUGCAUGCUUGGAAAAUCUUUCUACCAGUAGUGAUUUGCGGUGGCCUCUUUCUAUUGCGCCUUUUUAUUUAUCAAUAAUUUCUCCUAAGAAAAACAGUAAAGAAGAGCAUGCCAGGCCAUUUUCCAAUCAUAUUGCUGAUAGUUUAAAUAAUAUUGAUAGUUUAGCGGGGAAUAUUAUUAUUGAUGAUCGAACCAAUUUGACAAUUGGUAAACGUGUACAAGAGUGUUCUGAACUGGGAAUUCCUUAUAUUAUUGUUGUGGGCAAACACGCUCUGAAAGAUGUUCCAAAAUUUGAAAUUAUUGAUGUUUAUAGAAAUCAAACUAUUUUCUUAUCACAUAAAGAAACAAUGGAAAUGUUUAAGUACAACGUUUUAUUUUAAGUUAAUGUUUAAUUGUUUAUCCUAUGUACAUUCUUUUAUUUUAAAUUUUUGUGAUAUUGUUCUGGUUUAUUAAAUUACUGUAUUUAUUUAAUAAUUGUUAAAACUAUUCACUCUGUGAAGAAAUAUUCUUGUGCUUCUUAAAGCUUUUGAUAAUCUUUUUAUCACUUUCAGUAUGUUUCUUUGCUUUUUUUAUGUUUGUUAUAUAGUUAAAAGAUGCCUCUAACAGUCUGUAAAUUGCUUGGAAGUACCUAUAAUUUUAUAAUUGUGAAUUGUGUGUCACAAUUUGGCAACUUUUUACUCUUUGUUAAAAGUUUAAAAUAAUAAAUAAAGUAACCAGUAUUUUUAAUUUA